GCGCGCGGGGCGUUGGCCGGGCCAGGCCCCAGCCAUGGCGGCCGAGGGGACAGAUGUGGCCGGAGGCGGGGCUGUUGGAGGCCGCCUGGCCAAGGACAGCUUGCGGCAGGCUAUGUGCCCCGACGCGGCCCCGAACCGGAGGCGCAGCUCGGCGCGGUCGCGAGACGCCGAGCGCCGAGCCUACCAGUGGUGCCGGGAGUACUUGGGCGGGGCCUGGCGCCGAGUACGGCCGGAGGAGCUGAGGGUUGACCCCGUGAGCGGAGGCCUCAGUAACCUGCUCUUCCGCUGCUCGCUGCCUGACCACCUGCCCAGCGUUGGCGAGGAGCCCCGGGAGGUGCUGCUGCGGCUGUACGGGGCCAUCCUGCAGGGAGUGGACUCCUUGGUCCUUGAAAGUGUGAUGUUCGCCAUCCUUGCAGAGCGGUCACUGGGGCCCCAGCUCUACGGAGUCUUUCCAGAGGGCCGGCUGGAACAGUACAUCCCAGUACGAGCCCGGCCCCGACCUCCCCGAAGCAUCUCCUUCCCCAGCCCCUAUUCCCCUUCCCAAUGUCUGCCUUCACAUCCCUCACCCCAGAGCCGGCCACUGAAGACGCAUGAGCUUCGAGAGCCCGUCUUGUCCGCAGUCAUCGCCACGAAGAUGGCCCAGUUCCAUGGCAUGGAAAUGCCUUUCACUAAGGAGCCCCGCUGGCUAUUUGGGACCAUGGAGCAGUAUUUAAAGCGGAUCCAGGACCUACCCCCCACUGGCCUCCCCCAGAUGAACCUGCUGGAGAUGUACAGCUUGCAGGACGAGAUGGGCAGCCUCAGGAAGUUGCUAGACUCUACCCCAUCACCAGUGGUCUUUUGCCACAACGACAUCCAGGAAGGGAACAUCUUACUGCUCUCAGAGCCAGAAAACGCUGACGGCCUCAUGCUGGUCGACUUCGAGUACAGCAGUUAUAACUACAGGGGCUUUGACAUUGGGAACCAUUUUUGUGAGUGGGUUUACGAUUACACUCAUGAGGAGUGGCCUUUCUACAAAGCGCAGCCUGCAAACUACCCCACCCGGGGACAGCAGCUCCAUUUUAUUCGCCACUACCUGGCGGAGGUAAAGAAAGGUGAGACCAUCUCCCGAGAGGAGCAGAGGAAACUGGAAGCAGAUUUGCUGGCAGAGGCUAAUCGGUAUGCUCUGGCAUCUCAUUUCUUUUGGGGUCUCUGGUCCAUCCUCCAGGCAUCCAUGUCCACUAUAGAAUUUGGUUACUUGGAGUACGCCCAGUCUCGGUUCCAGUUCUACUUCCAGCAGAAGGGGCAGCUGACCAGCUUCCACCCCUCAUCCUGACUCUCCACCUCCCAACUCCUUGGAUUUCUCUGGGAGCCUCCAGGGCAGGACCUUGGAGGGAGGGACAAAGGGGAGGCCCUGGGGACUGGGCUGAGCCCGAGUGAGACUGGGGUUAAGGAGGCUGACCUCCCCCACCCACCCAUCCCGAGUUUGAGCAGGUCCCCACCGCAGGCAAGUGGGCAGAAGCCCUGGGAUGUGUACCUUAAGACAAUAAACUAGCUUCUUCCUUCACACCGUCCUAACCCUGCUUGGGUGCGGCGGAAAGUACCGACCAAGGAUUGCACACAGGUUGACAAAGGGACCACUGCUAGGAGCCUCAGUUUCCCCUCCUGAAAAGCGUGGCUGUUGGGUGAUCUGGGCUUGAGAGUGGUUAGGGGUCCAUUCUGCUCUCCCCCACCCCAGCUCCAGCUUAGAAGUGAUAAAUACUCAGAGGACAUGGGUCGGGCAGUGGGGAGUUACGGGGUACAAACAGGGCCCGGGGGUGGGGCUGCCCAACCCUGAGCACUGGAGAUCAGGGAACAGGAGGCACAGCUGACACACUGGUGACCUUUUCCCUACAUUUGGCUAUUUUUAGCUCUAAUGCCACCAUCCUCACGUGAGACCCGUUGGGCGCCCCAGGCUCUCAGACCUUUGAGCCAUCUUCAGCUUGCAGAAACCCGGCUCCCCCCCAACUCCUGAUUCCUGCCACGGAGCCGGGGAGAUUCUGGUUGCUGCCCCCCCAACUGUUCUCUCAACCCAAAUUUGGGAGUGGGUGUCAGGUUCUCGGUGAGGGCGGGACUUAGGUGGCCAGGCCUGAAGGACGUGGGGACACGGGCCAGAGUGUCCCCACAAGCGGACAGGAGCACACCCGAGCCGUGCCCAGCAACUCUCAGGUGCCCAGCAACCCACAGGAUGGCGGAAGCGCACCAGGCUGUGGCCUUCCAGUUCACGGUGACGCCAGAGGGGGUCGACUUCCGGCUCAGUCGGGAGGCCCUGAAACACAUCUACCU